AUGGUCCGGGUCCUGAUAACAGGCUCUACGGAUGGCUUCGGCCUCGAAGCCGCCCGCCAGCUAGUCCAGCGCAACCACACCGUCUAUCUUCAUGCGCGCAGCCAAGAACGCGCAGACCACGCCAAGGCCAAAUGCCCCGGAGCCGCUGGCGUGCUGAUCGCAGACUUGACCAGCGCCGCAGAAACGCGCAGACUAGCCGAGGAAGCAAAUGCGAUUGGUGUCUUCGACGCUGUCAUCCUAAAUGCCGGAUUGCUUUACGGCCCCUUCCGUAAGACACCCGAUACUGGCGUGCCAGCCCUGGUCUUCGUCAACGUGAUCGCGCCUUAUAUCCUGUCUUGUCUCCUUCAACAACCGAAGCGUCUUAUAUUUAUCGCUUCUACCUUACACCGAGAAGCCAAUCCCAGCGUGAAGGACAUCUUCUGGAUCGGGCGCGGGGAAAAGGAAUUCCAGGAUUUCCCGGCAUACUGUGAUUCGAAGUUGCACGUUAUCCUUCUUGCUAAUGCGGUGGCGAGGCGGUUUAAGGGUACUUCUGUGACUUCUGUGCAUCCGGGAUGGGUUGCUACUAAGCUUGGAGGUGAUGGUGGUCCCGAUAAACUGGAGGAUGGCGUUCAGACAUACGUUAUGCUGGCUGAGGGUGAUUACGAUCAAAAUCUCACUGGUGUUUAUUUUGAACCCAAAAGGAAGCUCGGCAUGCCUCUUGCGGUGACAGCGGAUGAAGCCCUGCAGGAAGUUGUCGUUAAGGCUUGCGAGGAUGUCACCGGUCUUAAGCUGGGAGCUUGA